UUGCGUUACUGUGUCAAGGUGAAGGUCGUUGUCGAUGAAAACACGAGCGGUCAGUUUACGACAUGGGGGAUCCGAAGGAUCUCGAAUCUUUCCUGAGCAAAGUUGAUAGUAUAGAGGCAGUAAUUAAAGGUCUGAGUGCGGGUGACGAUGAUGAGCGUGGAGCAGCACAACAGAAAGCAGAUCAGCUGCUAGCUGAACUUUCAAAAAUCAAGGAGACAGCCAAAGAUGAUAAGAAGAAAAAGCAUCCUGCCCCAGACAGAACAGGAGUAAACAGAUCAGUAAUCAACCAGGCAGCUUUUGAUGAUUCUCCUCCUGUUGUCCAAGAUGGGAUGUCACAAGAGGCUUUCAUGUCAGCCCUGGAGAAGGAUGCAGAAGAAAGAGGACGGAGGAGACAAAAGAACAUGAAAGAAGCAAAUGAAAUUAAGGAAAAGGGCAAUGUGGAGUUUAGGCAGGGAAACUAUGAAAAGGCAGCACAGUUUUAUACUCAGGCAAUAGAAAAAGUCAGGGACAACACGGCGUUAUACACCAACAGAGCUCAGGCCUACAACAAACUGGGGAGGUAUGAAGAGGCCUUGAAAGACUGUGACUGGGCCAUUAGGGUAUUUGAAAAUUGCCUCAAAGCUUACAUACACCAAGGAAAAGCUUACCUGGGACUAAAGAAUUAUGAUGCUGCUGUGGAAAGUUAUGAGAAAGCCAGAAAAAUAGACCCAACAAAGGAGAAAGUCAUAAAUGACUACAUAGCAGAAGUGGAGCUAGCGCGGAGGUCAGAAGAGGAGGAGGCGACGGCCCUAUCCGUGUUUGAGUCUGGAGAUGAAGAAACCAAGACAAUCCACGAGGUGAUACAGAAACUACAGAGGACAGACCAGCCUACGGUGUUCUACUGUGGAGGGAUGAGGGUGGCUGUCAACUUCCUGGUGAACACCAAUGAGAGGACAGUUUUUAGACUUAAUGGGGGACUGGAUCUUCUUAAAAAUCACCAUGUGCUCUCCAGGUGUAUUUCUUCCACUGCUGAUGUAUUGAAGCCAGAUGAGGUGGAAUUGUGCUGUGCUGCUGCUGAUAUGUAUACUGCUGCUUGUAUCGACAAUGAGGAAAACCAGAAACAGGUGAUGGAAGUGCCAGACUUUCCUCUACAUGUUCUUGGUUUUCUCUCGGCCAAAAAGAAAGGGCUGGCAUCCCUGAAGGCCUCCUUUAUGACAUUUCUGUUCACUCUGUCACAGUAUGGUGUGGGGAGACAGAAGAUACUGGUCACCAUGGAGAUGUCCAGACUUGUGUCUUGCCUGUUCCGUCACAUGAAGAAGAGUGGUGCUAUUUCUUCCAAUGCUGCUGCUGUCCUCAAUAAUCUGGCUUUGGAAGGAAAAUUCAAAGCUCAGCUGAGGCCAGGUUUUGAAGAAAUGGUCCUGCCAACCUUAGAAAAGUUUCUGUUGAAAGGCACCAGUAAUCCCGUCAUUCUUCCAUCUGUCCUGUCCAGUAUGACCAACCUGUGUGGUGAUGCCUUCAUACGGAACAAGAUCUGUGCCAAGGAACAGUGUUGGGAGGGAUGUUGCCACAUGUUGAAAGAAUACUCAGAAAAGCAUGCCAAUAAACUCGGAGAAGAAACAUUGUUUGCUCUUCUGGGACUGCUACUCAAUCUCUUGUACGACAACACUGCUGUUACGAAACACAAGUACGAGCUGGAUCUGUGCAUCACGUGUCAAGAUCUGUACACCAAAUGUGAAAAAGAGGCUGUCCAGGAGAGGGCGCUGUCUGUCAUAGGAAACAUCCUGCCACAUUCAACAGAGACUACCCGCGAGAUGUGUUCACGGGAUAUUACACAGUUACUGGUACAGAUUAUACGGAGUGAGAAAGCUACCCUUACAAAGCCAGCAGUCCGCUGUAUCUCCGCGUGUACCAAGGUCAGCCAGGAGGCUAGAGACAGUAUUGUAGAAAAUAAAGGUCUGGGUCCUCUAGUAGAGCUUCUAAAGAGUCAGGACGAGAUCGUAGUUGGCAAUGCGGCCCUGUGCCUGGCACACCUGGCGGAGAACCACAGGGUGUGCCAAAAACUGGUGAAAACCAACAUCAUUCAGCACCUCCUGGUCAUAGUGAGGGACGGCAAGAGGACAGGGGUUCAGGAAAAUUGUGCCAUUCUCAUUGCUAAGCUGACUCAAGGAGAUACAAGACACUUAGAGAGGCUGCGUGAGCUUCAUGGAAUAGAAAUUCUGCAUUCUGUCAUGAAGUUUGUGAAGACAUGAUCGACACUUAGUCCAGCCAAUAAACCCUCGCCUGUCUGAAGAUCUGUCAUAUCAAAAAUCUCCAAACGGGUGUCACUUACCGAUUUUUUUGGUGUUGUAUAGUACUACAACCACCUGAAGGUUGAAAUAAUAUUUUCCCAUUUCAAGGAGUAUUAAGUUUGAUGUGCCUUGGUUAGAGGAGCUUCACUGAAAGAUCUCUCGUUAUCACAGGUCACACUACAAAGGUCAAGGUCACAAAGGUCACACCAAUGACAUUCAACUGUGUGAACAUUGGACAAACACUGCUUAAAUAUUGAAAAACCUGUGUGUGAUAAAAGCUUUCUCUGCUGUAAUGUAAUAGUAGAUUCAAUUUUUCAGUACUUUUGUAAUAUUUCAAUAAAAUGAACAUUUUGCA